UCUGAUACUCUUGUUCACAGGCACUGAUUGAAAAAAAAAAUCUGCUAAUGUCAACGUAAAUGUUUCUGGAUGUACUUUAUUCCAAACUGCAGCUGAAGACCCGGAACCAAAGAUGAACUGGGCGUCAUUUUAUGCUGUAAUCAGCGGUGUGAACAGACACUCCACAGGCAUCGGUCGCAUCUGGCUCUCUGUCCUGUUCAUUUUCCGCAUCCUGGUUCUGGUGGUGGCAGCAGAAAGUGUGUGGGGCGACGAGAAGUCCGGCUUCACCUGCAAUACCCAGCAGCCUGGCUGCAACAGCGUCUGCUAUGACCACUUCUUCCCCAUCUCUCACAUCCGCCUGUGGGCGCUUCAGCUCAUCCUGGUCUCCACUCCUGCCCUACUUGUAGCGAUGCAUGUGGCCCACCGCCGCCACGUUGACAAGAGGCUCUACAAACUGUCAGGGCGGACCAACCCCAAAGACCUGGAGCAGAUAAAGACCCAGAAGAUGAAAAUCACAGGGGCUCUCUGGUGGACGUAUGUCAUUAGCCUGUUGUUCCGUAUUGUCUUUGAGGUCACCUUUAUGUACGUGUUUUACAUGAUCUACCCUGGUUACAAGAUGAUCCGGCUGGUGAAGUGUGACUCGUACCCCUGUCCCAACACAGUGGACUGCUUCGUGUCGAGGCCCACAGAGAAGACUGUCUUCACUGUGUUCAUGCUGGCUGUGUCAGGGGUUUGUAUUCUGCUCAACAUUGCAGAGGUGGUCUUCUUGGUUGGGAAAGCCUGCAGUAAGCAUUUGCACAAUGCUGGAGACUCAACUAUGGCGGCUUGGAUCCAAAAACUUUGCUCAUACUAACAAAACACAUAGAUGUCAUACCUGCACAAAGGAAUAUUUAAGUGACCCAGGCAAAAACAUUUAAUUUAACUUGUGCGAAAGGUUCAUAAAACCUAUACAACCUAUAAAACACUAUACACCAUAGUUUGACAUGAUGAUGAUUUAUCCAGUGGUUAUAAUCUCAAAUCUGAACAAAACAUUCAGUUUGCACCAGAUAUUGAGUGAUGUGUCAAAGUAUUCUCACCAGACAUGAAUUAUCUAUUGAUAAGUCACAACUUUUGCCAUGAACCAAAAGACUUUAAACAGCUGCACUUAUACAGCAAUGAUAAUAUAAUAUAACAUAAGAUAAUAGCUUGAUGUUUGGCCAAAUAAAGGCCAAUUAAGUAACAUUUAUAAAGCUGACCACAUCAUAGGCUUUCAUUGUCAUGGACUUUUUGACUUUUUGAUUAUGAUGAACAUUUUUCGUCUUGAAAGGAAAACAUUACAUUAAGAAAAUUUAAAAUCAUCAGGCUAGGUUUGAAAACAUAAUGGGCAGCAAUAAUUGUGGCAUUUUAAUUCAUAAUGAUCUAUUAUUUAAAUCAAAUAUGAUCAGAAAUGACCAUGAACUGAAUCUAAUGGACUGGAGGAUUUAUGGUGUUUCUUCAGCUGUUAUUAGUGAGAUGUUAUACUAAUACAUGGAAAACAUGUUGCAUUUCAUAAAUGUUAAAUGAUACAGUGUUUGUUUAAUACAGAUUAUUCAUUUUGGUGGUUAAAUGGAUCCCUCAGAAACAGGGCAAUAAUUCAAGCCAAAAAAAAAACUUGAACUACAAACUUUUUUUCUUAAGUUUACUACUGAUUUCUAAACAUGAUAUUUAAAUUCAUGCAUUUUGAAGCUGGAUGUUUGUAUAUUGUCAAUACAAAGAAUCAAGUCAACCAGAGUUUGUGUAAUUGUUAAUUUUUUACUAGAUUUUCUCACCAAAUCAAAAUUGAAAAGGAGAGGAUUACACAUUUGUGAAAUGUCUGUGCCUUCUAAAAUAUGACUCCAACAUGCAAUAAAAUAAAAAUAGUUCUGGUGUAAUGUAUUUUUAUAGGAUUUCCUGACACCAUAAAUCACCAGAGAGCAGUAGUUAUCUAUAAGAACAAAUUAAGCUGCAGUCACAGCGAUGCCACAUUCUCUCAGCAAUGUGACUGGGAGAAAAACAAAAAAUGUGAAUGAAAAUUCAUUCAGCGGCACCAUCACCAUCUUUAGGCAUGAGAUCCUCCGAGCUGUGUUGCCACCUGUGAAGAAACAUCUCUGGCUGAUUAAGUUCUACCUCUGAAGGCCUCAGUGCAAAGUUUUGAGGUUAUCAAUAGCCUCACCAUGUAAGGGGUCAGUGUAUGGGUGACAAUGGUUGACCCAGGGGACAGCUGGACCUGCCGUGGUCAAGCAAGAGGGCAUUUCUCUUUUUAUGGAACACGUCAACACACACCAUCUAUAGAGCUCAGUUUGACGACAGGCAUAUUGUACCAGUACCAUAUUGUACUGUACCAAACUAAAUUUCUCCAAUCUGUUAUUUCUGUCUGUAAUUAGUGUUGGUGGUGGCUGUGUUUGUCCAAAGUUCAAUUUUAUUUUGGAGCAUGUUAGU